GGAGAAAGUUGACCUCUAUUUGCCCCGAUUUGUCUGAAGUUGGUUGUUGGAGUUGACGCAAGUGUCACUAGACUCUCAUUGUGUGUGUGUUUGGAGAGAAACAUGAGUCACUCACACAUCACACAAUAGCAAUCUGUGUAUCCGCGCUGGAGUCAGUGCCCCCUACAAGCAUUUCACACAGAAGCUGGAGUUGAGAUGGUGUUUACCAACUAAUCUGGUUCCAAGAACUAUUUUCCAUCGAGAAGUUCGACGAAAUACAUGAGUAGUGCAGGUUGUCUUCAAACCAAGUUGUAUUUCUUUGUCUGUGUCUCUUUAUAAUCGUUGGUUGUUUCUCUGAGCUCCUCCUUGCCGCUUGUGGCAAUUACUCUGUUAACUCAAUUUCUCGCCAAUAAACAGUAGUAAUAGAUUAAUUGCUCAAGAAACUUGGUUGUCUGCGGAAAACAAGAGCUUUGCCAUGGAAACUGUACAGGACAUUGAGAAGUCAUGCGACCAGGAUCAUGUGGAUACGAAUGAAAAGACAGCAGGAAGAAUAGAUUUGUGUCAAACACAUAACUUGAGGAUGAAGGCUCGAAUCGGGAGAAGAUAUCCGACACCAAUGGCAGAGAAAGUGCGCCACAAGCGACAAACAAUGAAGAGUAUGGCUCGACCUCUCAAACAAUGGUUGUAUCAUCACAAAGACUACCCAUACCCGAAUAGAAAAGAGAAGCUACUUCUAUCAAUGGAAUCUACCAUGACCCUUGUUCAGGUGUCCAACUGGUUCGCUAACGCCCGCAGACGUCUGAAGAACACUGUACAUGACCCGGCGAUGUCGUGGGAGAAGAGAAUCCAUAAGUACAACAAACACGUGACUGGUAACGCUGAGAGGCUAAGCAUCAGCUCUGUGGAAUCAUCAGGAGGAGAUGACUUUGAUGAUGAGGAGGAAUUCAAUGGAUUCGAGUCUGAUGAUAGCAGCACUGUAAACUAUGCCCAGGACGUCACGACGUCUACUAACGAACUGCAGGGCGCCAACCACAAUGUCCAUAACGCUACACAUCCAGGAAUUUGUUCACCACAUCCACUAUCAUCAGUACCUCACAUCGCAUCUCACAGCGACCACCAAGGACAAUCCUUACCAACUCACAAGUACAAACAUAGCAUCAUGCAACGCUACCUCAAUGAUACUUAUAACCAUGCUCAGCAGCGGCAGGCUGAGGCAUCCACAGUCGCUGCCUCCAUGGAUAGCUCACACACGCUCUUGCCGGAAGAGAACUCUUUGAACCUGCCGAAUUACACGGACCGUACCGCUGGGAGACUUACUGGUCAAGAAUGGUCGAAGUUUCGAGCAUCAGGGUCAGUUAACUCUCACGAGUAUGAACGCAUGUCAACGUCACCAGAAACUACGAUGUCUUCGAGCAUUGGAAGCUAUCGCCAAAGACACUGCUCUGAAGAUUACUCCUUAUCUUCAUCCUCCAAUGAUUGGACCUCUUUCCUCAAGGACACAAAGAGUACAGAUUUUAAGAACGAGGAGGAUGAGGAGACUUACUGGCAGGAGAUCGUAGCAGCGGUCGCUCUGACCAACAUGGCGCGCUCUCGUCAACAAGGUAAAUAGCCGAGACGGGUGAAGAAUAGAACUCAAGAAUAAGAUGGUCUCGAAGAAUCACAGGUGGUCAUUUGGAGUAUAGUUAAGAUGGAUGAAUGCUAUAUUUCCAAAACAAGGAACAGUCCUGUCCUGUGAAGUAGAAAGAACCAUAGACAGUCGUUUUGAAGAUUCCAAAAUCGUAAACCUGCAGUGUAAUCUACUUUCCGCUAAAUUCUAGUCAUCGGGCCGCUGCAAGGGAAGUUUGUGACAGGAGUUAAAUGAUUGUCUUUGCAGGAUUAGAGCUUGAAUUAUCUUCAUCUCAGGCUCGUCUAGGGAACAUAAGCGAUCUGUCUUUCGAACUACAUGUUGUUUAAUGUGGAACAUGUGUGGUUAUUUUUAUAUGACACACACAAAAAACAAAACACGGAUCCGGAGUUGUUAUCUUAUUGCGGACGCUACAAGGGAAGUUUAUGACAGAAAUAUAUUUCAAAUGAUUUUGUUUACCCGAUUAGGGCAUUGAAUAUAAUUUGUCAAUGUAACAUGAAAACAGAAACAAGUGAGCUAUUAUCACUAUACGAAAUUGUGUGACGGUGUGAUUCAUCUAUGAAGAUGCCUAAAACGGUAUCAACAAAAAAUAUAUGGUUUUACUUGGACAUCGAUUAAAGUUCCAUGGUAGAUAUUGCUGAAUUAGCUAUGGACUUCUACCAUUAUGGGAAAAUCAUUGAAAGAGACGGCGAUAUAUGUUAUCUGUUUUUCAAAGGAUAUUAUUAUGAGUACAGGGAAGCGUAAGGGAAAUCAUCGUUAGGAAAGGACCUCGAACAGUUGUCUUGCUGCCACUAGGGUUAUGAAUACUGAAUUCAAAGGUUUUUAAAUGAAACGCGACUUGUGAUUGGACAGGUGUCUGGUGUGACAUAAAAGUGAAAUUAAUAAAUUCCGGCUAGAAUUUCCCGCCUCUUUUAUUUGUUUUAAAAGUUAUUGUGUCAAAUAAUAGAGCGUUAAUAUUAUGUGUCACACUUUGAUAAUAAAUCGUCUAUGUUCAUAAAUACACUUUUCCAUCGGUUUGCACGUAAUAUACAAAGAAUCUCAUUUUGCGGGCUCGGACCUGGUGUCAUAAAAGCGUCGCGUAACUCCGUGACAAUGCCGCAAAUUUUCAUGAACUCAGUAUCAAAGGAUAUGCAAUAAGUCUUGCAGGAAGACAUUCAAAGACAAGUUUUCUCACCAAACAGCAUGGCGUGAAAUUGGGCGACUAUGCACUAUUGAUUGCGAAUGCCAUUUUUCUACCCAUGCACCAGAAAAAGUUUCAUGGCUACUUUUCUGGGGGAUAUGUAUUCGGUUUUGCUGAAGACGUAUUCUGAAAUACCUCCCUCUACUGUCCAUGAACAAAUAAUGUAAGAUCACAGCACUGUUUGAUCAAUUUGCGAAGGAAGACAUAAACUAGUACUGUAUAUAUUUGUUAAAUUGUCGACCUUGGAAAGACAGCUACAUUUAAUCAAUGUGCUAUUUUUAAAUGGCCAGUAGUGCUGUAAGCAUAGCUUGGAAACAUACCACUUAGAAUAGAGUAGGUUUAAGAAAUGAGAUGCCAGGAUGCCAAAUAUUACGAAAAAUCUCCUUUUAUGUCAGCGUUUUUAGAUUCAUCUUUGUUAUUGGUUGUUUUCAAAUGUCUUUAUGUUUUUAUUUCCUUUAUAAUAUUCUUAAAGAUUACUUGCCAAAGGGAUUAUUUCCAUUUCAUGGACUUUGUUGAUGUACAUAAUGUAACACUUUUAAAGUUUUGUUUUACCCUGUUUCUUACAUUUCGAUUUUUACUUCAAUACUCCAAGGUUUUCUUUAGUAGUGUAAAUUGAUUUUUUUCAGUAGACAUGUUUUCUGGGUUGCAUAUGACAUUGCAGAUAUAAAGUUACUACGAUAAAAAAAAAAAACAGAAAAAACUUGUUGCCAUUCAUUUUGGCUUUAGCACAAUGUCAUAAUGUGAUAUAUACAUUGCUCAGGUGAACAUAAGUGGUGCUUUCCUACUACAUGUGGCAUAUCUUACUUUCCAGAGAUCAAGCGUUUUAACGUCCUUUCUAUCGUUUAUACAAUCUGUCAAGCUUUCUCUCAUGUUGUGGCUUAUAAAGAUGAAGUUGAGUUCUGGUCCCGCGGUUAUAUUGUGACACUGUGUCACUGUCUAUACGUCAAGCGAUUGGGAAAGGCUGAAUAUGUAGCCCGUAAGAGAUUUUUGAAUCUUCAAACUGAUUUUUUUUUUUUAAAACGAGUCAGUUGUGAUGAAGGUCACAUGACGUUACACAGAAAUGUGCAUAGUGUGUAUUGGGUUUUUACAGACGUGUAUCAAUCAGAUACGAUUAUUUAGGUCUGGGGACCGACCUUUAAACGUCACCAUCCGAAAGACGUCACUCAGUUGUGAACCUGCGUCCUUGGCUGAAUCAGUUUGUAACUGCUGGAUUACAGGCGCACCCCACAAAUAUAGUUCAAGUUUGGUCCAAAUAUUUCAGUUAUAUCUUUCAUCUUUUAAAUAUGAGGGCAUUAGAAAAACAAUUUCUUUCUGGAGAUAUUUCCAAUAUGAUACUCUUCCACGCGGUAACAUAAAUAGAAUUAAAAAGCUCACAAAUUACUUUCUCCUUUACCAGAACCCAAUGUAAUUCUCUUUGAUAUUAGCAUGAAUAUCGUUAGUUUAAACGUUUGACAUUUAAAAAAAGUUUCUUUGCGUUAAUUUAGUGUUCUUUUUCAAACCUACUUUUCAUUUUUGUAUACGACUACCACAUGGUAGAUAUAUAUAAAUCUAUAUAUAUUAUUAUCGAGAA